AUGGCUCCCCUUACUAGGUCGGCAAGAUCAGCUGCGUCGGGUGCCACCACGCUGCGAUCACAGGCUCCGGCCAAGGAACCAGAAAUCAUCAGCAUUGACGAGGAUGACGAGGGGGAUCAGCUCAUGGAGGAUGAGGAGUCUUACGAGGAUCAACCACAAUUCGAAGAUGAGGAUGAGGCCAUGGAUGAAGAAAUGGACGAUGAGCUUCACCAAGUCAACGGCGAUGCUGCGGAGAAUGGAUCCGGAGUUCGUGUGCUGGAAUCUAGCCUGAAAUCCACCAAGGGCAAUAGAAACAGGUUGCAAGCAUCCCCCAAGCUGUUCACCGAGUCGAGCACCAGUGCCCAGGAAAUGUUGCAACCCCUUCGCAAGACCGCGGAUCGUGUCACCCGCCAGAUCGAGGCCUUCGCCGAGAAGCUGGAUCAAUUCAAACGAAAGAACACCACCGAUGAAUUCCAAAACGUCCAGGCAGCUUACAAGCUUGUGGAGAGCUACCGGGACCUCACGCAGAAUGCCAUCAACGAGCUCAACCGACAGCAAACCAUCAAAAAGGCCAAGUCAGGCUUCCGGAACAGUGCCGCGAUCGAGGAUACUCCAGCCGACACCGAAGCGCGUCGCUUGCAGCUACAGGUCGACACCUGGCGCCUGCUUCUCAAUCUGAUCAGUAUCGACGACCCUGCCAGUCGCGCGAGCUUCAAAGAAGGCCAGUGUGAGGCUUUCCAGAAUCUGCACCGGUAUUCGUCGGAUCGUGAAAUCUGGGAGGAAUUCCUGAAUGCGGAUCAGUACGCGCUCGAGUGUGUGGUCUCCAUGCGAUGGCUGGAGGAAACAGCAAAGGCGGGACCCCAGGAGAUUGACAACAUGAUCAAAGAACUGGAAGAUCAAGCUGAGCGAGGCCAGGGUUUGUGGGCACAUGGUUGGCUGUUCACAAAGGAAGCCAUCAAGGGCCACAAGCGACUCCGCGCUUGGCCGCAACCUCUGGAACCGAAUGACCCUGCCAUAUCCCGCAGUCUUUUGAACAAGGAGACGCAAGCGACACUGAUUACACAGUUAGAUCCCGACGCUCUGACUCGCCAGAAGCUCAGCUUGCAGACGCAGGAUAAUUCCUACGAGCGGGCUACGUGGAUGGCUUGCUGGAAGAUGCUGCGCCGGGGCGAGAACUGGACUACCAUUCGCGAAUGGGCUCAGAGCCGUCUUGAGAGCUGGAGAGCCGUCAGUCUCUGCGGUUCCAGUGUUGAUGCGGCUACUGCCACCACACGUACUCCGGCAGAUGAUGGAUUGACCCGCUUGAAGAACAGUCGCGCCCAAGACUCGUGGCGUGCUGCUUGUCAUGCUCUGACCAAGGAUCCAAACACCUGUGACUACGAGAAAGCAGUUUACGCGCUUCUCUGCGGAGAAUCAGAACCGGCAUCCAAGAUUUGCAAGACGUGGGACGACUAUCUCUACGUGUACUUUAACCGCAUCGUCCUCUCGCGGUACCAAGGAUUCUGCCGACAGUUCCAGCGCAAAUUGAGCCAGUCCCCUGGUAUCCCUGUUGCAUUCAAGCCGGAGCCAGCUGGACAUGCGGAUCUGCAAAAGUUCAUCGAAUAUCUGCGUGGUAACGAGACGCUGGGCACCGAGACGCGCGAGCCAUUCCGUCAUAUCCAAGCUGCUAUCCUGAGUAAGAGUUAUGAUGCAUUCUUCAACCAGCUCUCCCAAGCGGUCUCCCAGGUCGGCAUCAAAAAGCUUGGAAGGUCCUCUUACAUUCCCGACUUGGCGGCCUCUCACGUGGACAAUGCAAUGGUCAUCACGGCCGAAGACCUUGAUGCCGUACAGAUGGCGACUCACAUUUAUGUGAUUGUCAAUUCGAUCGGAUACGCACAUGGAGAUAGCCAGUUCACGGAGGCAGCUUCUGUCAUCACGACCGGUUACAUUGCCUAUCUGCAAGAGAAGGGCUUGCCUGACCUGAUCCCAUCGUACGCUUCUCUUCUGCCGAUGGAGAUGGGCCACAGCGUCCUCGCCAAGAUUCUGAUUGAGAUUACGGAUCCAGAAGAUAGACGGUACCAAAUCCGAGCUACGCAGAAACAUGGCGUCGAUAUCAAUGCUGUCCUCGACGCACAGUGGUCAUGGCUCAGGGGUGGUGUCUCCUCAAUCGAGCACUCCGCCGGCCUCACUGGAUACUCCCGAGUCAGGCGACUACCGGACGGCACUCGUGUGUUGAUGCCGCCCAAGAAGGACCUCAUUGGGACGAGUAUCGCACCCGAGGAUGAGAAGAUGAUACGUAAUCUGGAGUGGCUCCGGAGCGUAGGCGGCCAGUGGUCUAAGAUUUGUACCCGCGGAACCUGGCUGUACCGCAAGUUCUUUGUCGCCGGCAAACUUGCCGCUGCUCGCGAGCUGGGUCGUCGCAUGCGCAUGGCGGACCUUUCUUACGAAACCUUCAACGUGGAUGUGUUUGAGUACCCGGAUCUGGCCCCAUCGCUGGAGGACGCACCCUUGAGUCCGAUCAAGGCCAAGCGCAGUCAUGCUCACCGACGCAGUCUGUCCAGCAGCAAUGGCGCCAUCACCACUGCUCACCGAAACGCAUAUCAACAAGCUGUUCAUAUGUGGAAUCUUGAGGUCAUGGCUCUUGGCUUUGAUGCUUUGGAGCAGUUCGCUAUCGUAUACGACCAGUCCUCGAAGACCAAACGCCGGCGGGAUUCCGGUACUGUCAGGGACUUCCUGGCAGAACUCGGGGCUCUGGUGCAGGAAAUCGAAUACUGCGUAGGACUGAUCGUGGAGGAGUGGCUUGGAGAAUCCGAGAAUGCGGACGAAGAACGAGACUACAAACACAUUCGCCGGACCUAUCUCCCCGAAAUCAUCCUCGACUACCACAAUGCCUUGUACUACGCUAGCCACUCCCUCGACAAGCCCAAUCUGCUCACCCAAUGCAUGACCGUGUCCAUUUGGGUUGCCAACAACGCCUACCUGACGACCAGCUUCACGGAGGCGCAGCGCAUGUCCGAGCUCAUGGACUGUCUAGCCUUGGCAGGCAAGGCAAUGGUUCUAGCCGACCCGAAAAACGACCAGAGCUUUCCAAAUGGGCAGACGUUGAGUAUUUGGCGGGUCGACGUCUCCGAGGACGAUGAGGCUGCGCUGCUUCAGAACAGGGAGUAG